ACUACGACUUCUCAGUGAGGUCUGAGACCAAAUGACUGAACAUCCAGGGUCAGAUGGGAACUCCUAGCCUUUCUACAGCCAUAAUUAGUUUUGAUUAUUGCAAAGAAUUGCGCAACAAUGCCAGCAAGACAAAUUGCACUCUACUUUGGCGGACAUAUUCCACACAUCCAUAGUCCGCACACUCAUCUCAGGCAGCCCUUCUUUAUUCGACCCGCAUCAACUGUGAGUGCGACGGGCAAUGUUGAACAUUCGGGGCCAAGUUCUGUCGAUUAUCCGUUUCCGAGGCAUCCACACCCAAAUCCGUACGAGAUAUUUCAUCUGAAGCCCGGAGCAUUGCCAGAAGAAAUAAAGUCGCGGUAUUAUCAGCUAGUCCGAAUACAUCAUCCCGAUACACCCCACGCUCGCCAUCUGCCUUCUCAUAUCUCUCAUGCGCGCUUUCAGGCCAUCCAAGCCGCACACGACGUGUUGACCGGGAAAGUGCGCCGCAGAGACUCCCCUUCUCCUAUGCAUUCUUCCCCCCCUAUGGCACAUGCGCAUCGACGAAGGCAUAAUUCUCAUGCAGAGUGGACGCAAGCUGCAGAACAAGCGGAAGAAACAGCGAAUGAUCGAUGGCAAGAUCAAGCAAUUGUUCUUGCCGGAAUUGCUGCACUCGGACUGGCUGUGGUGCCGUUCCUUACAUCUUCGAUGCUUUCUGACGGAAAACACACGACCGCCGCACAGAACCUCGCUCAAGCGCGACGAGAAGCUCGCGAAGUGGGCAUGUCUCGCCGUGUGGAGAUUAGGAAGCGUGUCCGGGGCUACGAACUAGAGCGGGAAUAUCAAGAGCGAGUGCUAUUGGAUGCCAAUUCGAAAGAAAGUGGUGGUUCUUAGCAGAUAAAUCAUGAUACAAUUAAAUUUGGUCUUUGCAAUGUUGCGUGCCUGGCGGAUUUUGACCACUGGAUUGAACGUGCACCGCCCCAUGCAUGACCGGACAUGGAACUGCCCCUGCUGGCAGUUAGGCCGUUCUUUAGGCGAGAAGCGGGUGGUGCGCAUUUGAUAGCGCAGCAAAGAAGCUCACUUGCUAUUGCCGCCCUCCUAAA